UGUGACAGUAAUAGGUAAAUGUCACCAUUCUUAGACUUUUAGGUAAAUUAGGCUAAUUAAAGCGAGUUAGUGUCAAGCAUGACAAGUGAAACUGCUACUGCUAGUUAUCAGUGUUUGACACGCAUAUGUCUUUGGCUGUGUCUCUAAACCUCAUGAACUGCCUACUUAGCAUUUGUGGGCAUACAGGCGCGUUGCUCAAAUGUGCAGCCGUGUUCUUACUUGAAACCCACCUAUGAUGUCCAAAAUGUUGUUUAGUAUGAAGGCAGCUCGAUAGGUUUGUGAAACACAGCCAUUAUCUGUAGCUCGUUAAUCUACUGUAUACAAACAUACACUGCCGCUGUCAGGAGGAGGGACGAUUAUGCUUGUAGUGUAAAUCGCUAAAUAAGCAGAUGUGGAUGUGUCGUCUUCGACUAUCGUCAGUAGCAUCUGAUGGGACUGAAGGAUGGCAGCAAAGGAGGAUCUUUACUCAAAGAUUAUUCCGCGCAGACUGAGACAGAACAGUUGCGCGUCUGUCAAACAUGGAUCCAGUCUGGACGUGCUGCUUUCGAUGGGAUUUCCUCAGCAGAGAGCAUUGAAAGCUCUGGCAUCAACUGGAGGCAGAAGUGUUCAGCUUGCAUGUGACUGGCUUUUCUCUCAUUUGGAUGACCCUUUCCUGAAUGACCCUUUACCGAGAGAGUAUGUGCUGUAUCUGCGCCCCAGUGGGCCUUUACAAAACCAGCUUUCUCAUUUCUGGCAGCAGUCUCGCUUGACUUGUGGAAAAAACAAAGCUCACAACAUAUUCCCACACAUCACACUCUGCCAGUUCUUUAUGUGUCCAGACAAUAAACUAGUGGCUCUGUGUGAAGCUCUGCAGUCUACAGUAAAUCAGUGGAGAGGAAUCUUCCCCAGCCCUCUGCCCCUGGAGCUCUACACCUCCACCAACUUCAUAGGCCUCUUUGUGGAGGAGCAGGUGGCUGAGUCGCUGAAGAAGUUUGCGGCUGACUUUGCGGUGGAGGCUGCUGCUAAAGCUGAUGUUCACUUGGAACCCCAUAAAAAGCAGCUUCAUUUGACUCUAGCCUAUCACUUCCCAACCAAUCAUUAUUCUUCCUUGGAAAAGUUGGCAAGAGGGAUUGAGGUCAAGCUGGGUUGUGAUUGGCUUUCUGCCCUCUUCUCACGAGACAUACAAUUUGCAAAUCAUGAGACUUUGCGAGUGAUGUACCCCUACACUCCUCAGAAUGACGAUGAGCUGGAACUGGUACCAGGAGACUUUAUCUUCUCAUCUACAGUGGAGCAAGUGAGCACUAGUGAGGGCUGGGUGUAUGGCACGUCUCUGGGUACAGGCAUCUCUGGACUGCUGCCUGAGAACUAUGUGAGCCCUGCUGAUGAGUCUGACACAUGGGUCUUCCAUGGGUCACACUCCUUCUUUUGUACUUCCCCUUCGGAAAAGGGUUGCAAGGAGAGCAAAUCACUGGAUGGGCUGCUUAACAUUCGAUGCUUUGAAAACUCAAAGCUGGGAGAGUCUGCCAUCUUGAGUGUUAUUUGCCAACCUAUGCAGGUGCUCCGCUCCAACAUUCUUUCUCGGACCCCUAAAAGGACCCUGUUUGUAUGUCGGCAUGGAGAAAGAAUGGAUGUUGUGUUUGGGAAACACUGGCUCUCACAGUGCACUGACUCUAAAGGCAGGUACGUGAGGAGUAACCUGAAUAUGCCUGCUGCACUACCUGCCUGGGGUGGAGCACACAGGGACUAUGAAAUGGACACUCCUAUCACAGUGGUUGGAGCUACACAGGCUAAGAUAGUGGGUGAGGCUAUGCUGGAAAAUAAUACCACUAUUGAUUUUGUGUACUGCUCACCCAGUCUCCGAUGUGUCCAGACAGCUCAUGAAAUCCUCAGAGGAAUGCAGCAAGAUGGCAGAAUAAGCAUUCGAGUGGAGCCUGGGCUUUUUGAGUGGACUAAAUGGGUGACAGGAACAUCUUUGCCUGCUUGGAUACCCCCCACAGAUCUUGCUGCGGCCAACCUUAAUGUAGACACAACAUACAGACCUCACAUCCCGAUUAGCAAACUAACUGUCUCGGAGGCGUAUGACACGUACAUUAGUCGCAGCCACCAGGUGACCAAAGACAUUUUGGCGUACUGCAAAAAUAAGGGAAAAAAUAUUCUGUUUGUGGGACAUGCUUCCACUUUGGAGGCCUGCACUCGCCAGAUCCAGGGCCUUUCUCCUCAGAAUCCCAAAGAUUUUGUGCAAGUAGUCAGAAAGAUUCCAUACCUGGGUCUGUGUGCCUGUGAGGAGCAGGGGGACUCAGGGUUCUGGCAGCUAGUGGACCCACCAAUUCUUCCUUUAACUCACGGGCCCAACCACAGCUUCAGCUGGAGAGAGACUCUACAGCAAGAAUGACCUUAUCUGCAGGGUCUGUUCACAAGAGACUGAAAUGUUACCUCCACUGGAAGCACACAACCGAGAAUAUUUUUAAACAGAUCUAAUCUGUCACAUCCAGAUUUAAGUUAUGCAAAUAAUAUAAGGGAUGUGGCAGAGUGUUUGCUUGCAGGUGGACAGAGGAGAUGCACUGAAUAAUGAACAUUUGUGGUAGUGUUUACUGAGCCUUUAAAAAGGCUUUCUCAGGGCAUUGCCUUUCACUUUUAACAGGUCAAAAUGCACAGUGGCAUAAUGCAGCACUUAUCGUAAAGAUUAAAGAUCACUUCCUGCCAUGCAAAUACCGACAAUUUUGCAAUGAGAUGUUAAAGAGCUUAGAGGCAUUCAUGUCUUAAUCAUUUCUCUUGCA